AUGAUCCAGGAAAAUAUCGUGGACAAAAGCUUCCAGUCAUGGAUUUUACCGGCAUUUUCGACCACGACGCGUAUCGACACCAUUGUAUGUAGCUCAGUGAUGAUGAGCACCAUGAAAAAGUACUUCAAUUACAAGUACGUCACGGCACUUUCCAGAACCUUUUAUCCUAUGGGGCACCAUAACGUAUACUCACCUGUUAGUGCUGUUGUUUUGUGUGGUAUACCUACAGUCACAUUACUCGGGGAGGUAUCAGACUGGGAAGAAAUCCUUCGCCGGCUGGAUAAGCUUGAAUCGUUUGGGCCAGCUCAUCCAGAAUUGAUACACUGGAAGGAGAUACUUACUCCGGUAAUCCAAAAUAUGAUACUAACCUUCGAAAAUCAUGGAGCCACAGCCCAAGUUGACUUCUGGUCAAAAAUCGCUCAUAUCAAGAGAUUAAGUGGCGGAUCAAGCUUAUCCGGGUGGCUCACAGUUUUCUGUGCCUUUAAUGAAGACGGAGAGUGGCAAGUAAAAGAGAGGAGACCAGGUCAGGGCAAUCGUUCAAUGAGUGAGCCUCCCCAAUAUCCAUUUAUAAAAAUUGCCAAUAUACCCACUGGUAAGUGUCAUGUUAAGGUUCGGAUCAAUGGAAGGAUCGAAGUCGAUGCUAUGAUUGUAGCCGGCCUGGUAGGCGCUUCACUCUCUUCUCGGAAUGGGGAUGAUGCCAUCCUUGACACGGUGCAACCUUACCCUGCAUGGAGCAUCUUUGCGCUGAACGAUGAUAUGUAA